AUGAGAGUAUGGAUUGCAUCAUUACUCUUUUACUUAUCAAUUUUUGCUAUUUGCGAAUUACUUCGUCAUAUCAUCAAUCGUUGGCUUAUACGAUAUUUACCACGUUUUAUUACUGGUUUACUUCUUGAAUUCAUUGGUACAUUACAAGUUUGUACGCCAAUGUUUGAUGUCAAUUUGAUUUUACAAACUUAUGGUUUAUUUGGAAUUUUUAUUGAAAUAACAGCAAUUGAAAUUGCCAAUGCAUUUUUUUUACGAGAUGCUAUCGCACAUCCAUGUCCAUUGGUGACAACAGCUUCACGUAAACGUUUAGCAUUACGCAUGGCAUUUAUGGUUUUUGCUGUACAACUUAUUGCCGCAUAUUUGUCAUAUUUUUUUGCUCGAAUAUUCUGGAAACUUGGCUUACAUCCAUUACAUGAUAAAUUAUUAAUUGCAGAUCAUUGUGAAGCUGAUCUUACAGCAACAUUAACAAUUGGUUCACUUAUCGAAGGUUUAGCUACAUUUAGUAGUAAAGCGGUUGAAUUCUUUGCUAACGAAUGGUAUACUGAUUCAAAAACGCAAAUGCUUAUCAAUUGUAUGUUUGCCGGUUUCCUUACUACAAUUGGUAUUAAUUAUACAGGUAUGUAUGCUAAUCCAAUUGUUGCUUGGGCAUGUACAUUUAAUUGCACAGGUGUGACACAUCUUGGUCAUCUUAUUGUCUAUUGGUUAUCACCAUUGAUAGGAUGGUUUUUGGGUGAUGCAGUAUUUGGUGAGCAAGAAUGUGCAAUCGAAUGUUUCACUGAAGAAAAUAAAGAGAGUGAUUUAAUUAAAUUAAAAAAUUCUUAA